AUGAGCGUCCUCUGCUGCCGCGUCUCGCCAAAGCAAAAGGAGUUUAUCGUCGAUCUCGUCCGGCGCAAGACGGGCGUGAUCACACUCGCGAUCGGCGACGGUGCCAACGACGUGCCCAUGAUCCAGCGGGCACAUAUCGGCAUUGGUAUCUCGGGCGCCGAAGGCCAGCAGGCGGCCAACGCCAGCGACUAUGCGAUUCCCCAGUUUCAGUGCCUCAAGCGCCUCCUCCUAGUCCACGGCCGCUGGAUCAACCGGCGGAUGGCCAUUCUGACGCUCUACAUGUUUUACAAGAACGUGCUUCUCGUCUUGCCGCAGUUCUUCUUUGGCAUCUACUGUCUCUUCUCGGGCCAGUCGACGUACUACGAUCCGCUCUACCAGCUCUUCAACGUGUGGUACACGGCCCUUCCGAUCUUGCUCUUUAGCGUCUACGACCAAGAUGUGAGUGCGGGCACGUCCCUCGCGUUCCCGACGCUCUACUCGAGUCAGUCGUUUGUGAGCAUUCGGCUCUUCUGGAUAUGGAUCGGAGACGCAUCCUUCUCGUCGCUCGUUGUUCUUUUCGUGCACGUCGGUGCGUCGAUGUAUGGACCGAUGGCGGCGUCGGGCGGCGACGAAGGGCUCUGGGACUUCGGCUUUGUCAUGAACGGCAUCGUCGUGCUCAUCGCCAACGUUCGACUCGCGCUCGAAGUCAAGUGCUGGUUUUGGGGCACACUCGGCAGCUUCGUCGUCAGCUUCUUCUUGUACGUGAGCUCGGCGUACGUCUUUUCCAGCAUUGUGGCGUUUGGCGCCAAUUUCUACGGCGUCGUGUGGCUUGUGCCGAAUUUAACCAACGGACUCUUGGCGCUGCUGGCGUGCGUGCUGUGCCUCUUUGGUGUCUUUGCGAUGAAAGCGUACGUGACGACGUUUGACCCGCGCCCGUCCGACAUUUGCCACGAAAUGGACGUCUGCCGCAUCCGAGGCGUCGUGCCCGUCCGAACGCGCGCCCCCGACAGCUCCAACGUUCCGUCCUAG